CGGAGGCGCACGCUGGCUGCUGGAGCUCUGGGUCGCCGCCGCCCGCCGUGCACGUGCGGCAGCUGCCGUGCACCGAACUCCCGCCGCGCGGCCGCUUUGUUGCCUCCCGGCCGCCGGCAUCAUGCACACGCCGGCCUCCGCGGGCUCGGGCGACGCACGCGCGGUUGACAUCAUGGACAUAUGCGAGUCAAUCCUGGAGAGGAAGCGGCACGACAGCGAGAGGUCUACGUGCAGCAUCUUGGAGCAGAACGACAUGGAAGCUGUCGAGGCUCUUGUUUGCAUGAGCUCCUGGGGUCAGAGAUCCCAGAAAGGGGACUUGUUAAAGAUAAGACCCCUCACACCUGUCUCUGACUCUGGGGAUGUUUCCACCAUUGUGCACGUGGACGCAGCCACACCCGAGUUACCAAAGGACUUCCAUUCUUUAUCUACUCUGUGCAUGACUCCUCCUCAGAGCCCUGACCUCCUGGAGCCAUCAACAGGGACAGUUGUUCCUUCCCAAGUAACUGAUUCCAAAGCACCCAUGGUCGUGGCCGUCCCCCCAGCCUCUACUGGGGCAGCCGGAGUGCUGAGCAAGAGGGCAGAGAGGGCCCUGCCUGGUUGGAAGCCAGAGCUGCUGGAGCCAGCUGUCAGCCCUCACUGCAGGGCCAUGGUGACAAGCGUCAUUUGCCACACUGGGGGUGGUCCUGCUAAUGCCUACAUUCCUACCACCCAGACUCAAGCACACCAACCUUUGGCCAGCGCAGAAGGAGAAGCGCGGUUUCUGGGGCAUGUUGAAGCUGUGCAGGACACAUACCUCGCAGACCGUGUGCUCAGCGUUAACUCAGCGUCCUGUCAGCCUUGUUUGCACAAGUCCAGUGGCCUGAGCCCCACCGACAAAGGCCAGCAGGCGGGGUGGCCCGUUGCAGUUCAGACCUGCUCACCAAAGAAUUAUGAAAAUGACUUGCCAAGGAAAGCCACCCCUCUGAUUUCUGUCCCCAUUCCUAGUCCCCCUGUCCUUUGCCAAAUGAUCCCUGUGACUGGACAGAGUGGCGUGUUAUCAGCGUUUUUGAAUCCACCUCCCCAAGUGUCUGCAGGGACCGUCAAACCCAUGUUACCCCGCGCUGCUCCAGUGCCCCAGCCCGUGUUCGUGGGACCGCCUGUGCCUCAGGGAACUGUGAUGUUGGUUCUGCCCCAGGGGGCCCUCCCGCAGCCUGCCGCGUGUUCGUCUCGUGGCAUGGCAGUGGGGAACAGCAGGUUACUGCCCCUUGCCCCGGCUCCAGUGUUCAUCGCGUCCGGUCAGAACUGCACCCCUCAGGUGGACUUUUCCCGGAGGAGGAGCUAUGUCUGCAACUUCCCAGGCUGCCAGAAAACCUACUUCAAAAGUUCCCACCUCAAGGCUCAUCUUCGCACUCACACAGGAGAGAAGCCUUUCACCUGUAGCUGGGACGGCUGUGAUAAAAAAUUUGCUCGCUCAGAUGAACUCUCUCGCCACCGCAGAACUCACACUGGGGAGAAGAAGUUCGUAUGCCCGGUGUGUGAUCGGCGUUUCAUGCGCAGCGACCACUUGACAAAGCAUGCCCGGCGCCAUAUGACCACCAAGAAGAUGCCUGGCUGGCAGGCGGAGGUUGGCAAACUGAACAGAAUUGCCUCGGCAGAGAACCCUGGGGGCCCGCUGGUGCGCCUGCCAGCCUCUGCAUGAAAGGGCACCCUUUGGCUUCUUUGGAGGGUCGUUUCUGAAAGAAAUGAGUGAAGGAGCGGCUUCUGUGUUGGCCAGUCUGACGUCAGGACCGGUCUGGGCAGUAGAGGACCGUGGCUGCUGGGUAACCCGUGACCCUCACCCUCGUGCCCUCCGUGUGUCAAGAGGGGAGUAUGGGAGGCAGCCUCUUCCCUCCCUUCCCCCACCCCCAGCCCAGGCAUUAAAGGUACGUCAGGGAGCCACAGUCUUCUCUCCUGCUCCUGGAGUACGUUCUCUCUCGAACCUGCUCUGCUGGCGCUGUGCAUCCACAGGGGAUGGCCCCGUGGGUGUGGCCGGGCACUUGCGUGGGCUCAGCUCCUGGUCCGCGUCGUGCCUGUCUGUGAACGGCACUGGACACGGUUGCUGGGUUCCCCUGCAGGCCGCACUGUGCUGCUCCCUUCUUAGCGCACUGCUCCGUCGCUGGUCCCGCUCCUCUCCCUGACCCCUGUUCUAUUCCCCUGACAACCUUGGUGAUCUCUGCCAGCCUUGGGACUUGGAUAAAAAUAACUUCUCUACCAUGAAGAGCCCCGCAUGUAUGUCUCUCCUUUACACUCUGCACCUGGCUUCAAAUUCCUGUAUCCAGCUCUCUGCUUGACACCUGUCUAACCAGCAUCCCAAACUUGAGACGACUGAACCCCUCAUCUCCUCCACACUUGCUUUUCUCACAGUGACCCCGCUGCCUUUAAAAAGAACAGGGAGUCCAUCCUUCUAGCUGUUCAGGUGCAAAACCUCGGAGGCGCCCUGGGCUCCUUUCCCGCUCCGCAGCCAGCCUGUCACAAUCCUGUUGACCGACUGCCUUCCCAAGCCAGCCAUUCUGGAAUGUGAUUCCAUAGGCCACGCUAGUCCCGGUUAUGCGUGUGUGCACGCGUGCGUGUGUGUGUGUGCGUGCAGGUGUGUGGGGAGGCGGUAAAGGAUCACAGUGUGCUUUGCAUUUAGCAAUCCACUUAGAAAAGUCUCUCCAACUCCAAGCCCCUUUGCGCCUAGGUGCCGGCCACACGCCUGUUAGCCUCAACUUGGUGACUCUGUACCUGCUCUCCUCCCUCUGUGUCACCAAGGUUUUACUUUCUGGCUGUAAUAUCCACUGUUCCUUUGCUUUCAACCUGCCUCUUUGUUUAGGGACUUUUUAAAUUAAGGACUUGAGACAUGUUGCUAACACCCAGGCCCCAUCCUGGG